CACUUUCUGCUGCCGGCUUUUGUUUAUUUCGCAAGUGUGAUGCACGAGUGAAAUUUCACAGUACAGCGAUCGGUAUCACAAUUAUCAAAUUCAAGUAGGAGUUGUUCGAAGUAACGUUCGUCGCAGUAACUUCAUUUUAAAGUGCAAUUGCGUUACAAUAAUUUGACACUCAUGGUAAAUAUAUACUCACAGAAUACGUAAAAAGGAGUGUACCAAGACUUUCAUUCUAUUGGUUCCAGAAUCAAGCAAACCCAUUGUACGUCGUGCUCAAAAACCCGUGUGUAGGGAAAGCGAUACUUGAGGCUUACGAAAUACAUUGUUUUCUCCAACAACAAAAAACACAAUAAAUAAACUGUCGAGGCUCAUUAUCAGUAACAUACAAAAUAUAACAUAACACAAAUUCUCUGACGUAUGUGAUAUACAAAAAUAAGAAAACUAUCUUGUAGCUCGUUUACGAACGUUUACGAAUUGUUGUGUCGGCGUAUGAAGUAAACUUGACGAAUAUUUGCACGAAGAUUACUGAAAAAAACAAGUUUUAUCGUCGGCACUAUUAUCAUAUUAUAUCGACAAUAUGAGCGGCUCUCGCUACGAGCCGUGGCACGCGCGGCACAGGGUGCAGUCGCUCCACCUCUGGUGCAAUCCGGAGCACCUCGUGCAGCGUCUGGUCAAAGCACGCACGAUAAAUUUCUACAUCAAACAGGAGCGUCGAUCGGUCUACUUGAGCCUGGGAUGCGUGACAUUCGAUGUGAAUAAGCGCUUCCCCGACCGCACAACGCUGGUCAACACGUCCGAGGGUCGCUGCGCCGAGCUGCUCGACCAGAUUCACCACUCUCUAAAUGUCGUCGACGCUCUACUGGAGGACUACGCGAUCGCGCAUCAAGCUGCGAAGGAGUACAUGCAAGCGGUGCACAGUCUGUUGAGUAUACUGUCGUCGUUGGGCAACAAGGAUUUCGAUCCCGAGGCGUACAACAUCCACGACAGGGCCAGCUUCGAGAAGAAGUACUCGUUGACCUGGGUAGAGAAACCGCCGACCACGCCAGUCGAGCCCAAUUUAAGUUUAAACUGGUAGUCGAAUCAUUGUAUGACCUUUAAUGAAGUAAAAUUUCGCUUUGUUACACAUUCAUAAUUAUUGUUAUUACAUUAUUAUUAAA